CACCGUAGCCACGCCCCUCGUGUCACAUGACCGGAAACUAUGGAGGCGGCCAAGAUGGCGUCCCCCAAGAGCGCCCCUAAAGAUGCGCAGGUGAUGGCGCAGAUCCUCAAGGACAUGGGCAUCACCGAGUACGAGCCGCGCGUCAUCAACCAGAUGCUGGAGUUCGCCUACAGAUACGUCACCACCAUCCUGGAGGACGCCAAGAUCUACUCGAGCCACGCCAAGAAGUCGAGCGUGGACGCGGACGAUGUGCGGCUGGCGAUCCAGUGCCGCACCGACCAGUCCUUCACAUCGCCCCCGCCCCGCGACUUCCUGCUGGACAUUGCCCGCCAGAAGAACCAGACGCCGCUGCCGCUGAUCAAGCCGUACUCGGGCCCGCGGCUGCCGCCCGACAGGUACUGCCUGACUGCCCCCAACUACCGCCUGAAAUCCCUGCAGAAGAGGGUCUCCUCCACAGCAGGCAGGAUCACAGUCCCUCGCCUGAGCGUGGGUGCCGUGAGCAGCAGGCCCAGCACUCCCACUUUGGGCACCCCCUCAGCCCAGACCGUGUCGGUGUCAGCCAAGGUGGGCGCGCCGGUGUCGCUGGCGGGGCAGCGCUUCACGGUCCAGAUCCCGUCCUCACAGCCGGCUGGGAAAUCAGCCACUCCCACCACUCCCACGGUGCAGAACGUCCUGAUCAACCCCUCCCUGAUUGGCCCCAAGAACAUCCUGAUCACCACCAACAUGGUCCCGCCCGGCGCCGCCGACCCCAACCCGCUCAAGAGGAAGCACGAGGACGACGA